AUGGCUUAUUUUACUGCUAAUGGAUCUCCACUUCAUGUUACCCACUCUCGUAAUACCAGUGUCCCUGGUCCAUCUGGUAGCUUCUUAGCAUUGAAAGAUGUUUAUCAUAUUCCCAACCUUUAUUUGAAUUUAAUAUAUGUUGGCCUCAAACAAGCUCCCCAUGCGUGGUUUGAGCGUUUUCGGGCUGUCAUUCUUGUAACUGGCUUCACUCAAAAUAAACAUGAUUACUCCAUGUUUAUUCGUACCACAAAGCAUGAAAUUUAUAUUAUUUUAUUAUAUGUUGAUGAUAUUCUUAUAUCUGGCAAUGAUUUCAAUUCCAUUAAGGAUAAGUAUGCACUUGAUCUUGUUUUCGGUGCCCGAUUGAAUGAUGUGAAGGUUGUUGAUAUGCCCAUGGAACUCAAUGUUAAACUUUUUACACAUGUUGGAGAUCCUCUUCUUGAGCCUACGAUGUAUCGCAAACUUGUCGGCUCCCUCAUCUAUCACACUAUGACUCACCUAGAUAUUGCAUAUGUUGUCCAUGUUGUGAGCCAAUUUGUUUCAGAUCCUCGACAACCACAUUUAUCAGCAGUUCAUCAAUUUUUACGCUAUGUUCGAUAUACUUCCAUUCGUGGAUUAUUCUUUGACUCCACAUCCUCUUUAGAUUUUUGUGCAUAUGCAGAUGCAGAUUGGGCAGAUAACCAAAGUGCAAUUAAGAUUGCAUCUAAUCCAGUUUCUCAUGAGCGAACAAAGCAUAUUAAUCUUAAAGGGGGGUAA